CCCGAUGGGCGAUAACGUGAAAAUGUCUAUUAAAAGCCGAAAAUUGAAAAUCCAUCUUCCUGCGAGACUUGGCUGAAAAAUAAGAACUCUUGUUAGCGACGUGUUUAAUUAAGCGGAAUGGUUCGUACCUCUUCAGAUUCGGAACUUUGAAGUUCUUAUCAACUUGAGAAUUAUCUGAUGGCACGCAAUUGAACGGAUUUAUAAAAUUGUACAGCAAAACAUCUUGUACUCUAGUUUUCACUACGUGCGAACGGCGCCAUCUGGUGUCGAUACCCGGUAACCUUGGACGGUAAGGAAGGAGGCGUAUUGUCCCUAAAUUCAUCACGUUAGUAGUACAAUUUAACAUUUCGAUCCAGUCCGUCUAGAAAAUGCAGUUUAUUCCUACGGAACAUCAACACGUUAGAUUCAACCCGCUGUUAGAAGAAUGGAUUUUGGUCUCUCCGCAUCGCACCAAACGGCCUUGGCAGGGUCGAGUGGAAAAACCUCCGGAAAAACAUGUUCCUCCUUUCGAUGCCAAAAAUCCUCUUUGUCCUCGUGCCGUCAGGGCUAAUGGAGAGACAAAUCCGGAUUAUGCCAGUACAUUUCUCUUCGACAACGAUUAUCCUGCACUGGUGGAAGAUGUUCCAGAUCCCCGGAGCAGACAUCCACUGUUUCGGACAGGAUCAGCCAAAGGAACGUGCAAGGUGAUGUGCUUUCAUCCCCGUUCCGACAUGACUCUGCCACUGAUGACCGUGGAAGAGAUAUUAGAAGUAAUUGAUGCCUGGGUACAACAGAGCAUGGAACUGGGGAGACAGUACAGAUGGGUGCAGAUAUUUGAAAAUAAAGGAGAAAUACAAGGCUGUUCCAAUCCUCAUCCACACUGUCAGGUACUGUAUUUAUUUAUUUUUGUGUGUGUGUGUUUGUUUGUACACAAAACAGUUACUCAGGAAUCAGUUGGAGUUCCUAUAAAAAUAUGUAUGCAAUAUAUUAAUAUGUAGAAAUUUAAAAUAGUGAUUUGCAAGUCUGAAUACUCUUGGUAUUUUCUGAAGGUUGUAGUUUAUUAAAGUCCUUUGAAACAGUUUAGAGACAAGUUUGAUGCAAAUUUAAAUAAAAUCUCUCAGGAAUAAGGGUCAAG